AUGUUCUGUACUCUCUUUAAAUUGAUCGUUUUUGUGGUUGGGUACUUGCUACCCGUUUUACUUUCCUUCCAUGGAUGGAAAAAUAAAAAAUAUGAAAUGGUGGAGUACUACUUAAAGUAUGUUUAUUUUUUUGUGGUGUUUGAGAAUGUUGUGACUCCAUCCAUAGGAGCAGUGCUUUACAAGAUUAGCGGGUUCAUAUGGUGCAUGAUCCACUUGUCCCUUUACGUGGUUUUAAUCAUACCCAAAUUUAAUUACCUUAACAUUAUAUACGACAAAGUCAGCAAGGUCAACAGCCAGAACAAUGUCGCUCUCUACAUCAACAAGUAUGUCGUUAAUCCGCUAAACGACCAGGUCAACAAAAUUGUGAAGAAGUUGAAAACGUUAUGA